CUUUUAAGGAACCAACUUGUGCUUCUACUUUAAAGAACCAAACACACCUCAAGUACAUUGCUCUUUACAUUGCUCUUUUGUUGCCUAGCUUCCCGCUCGCAGCCUUUCAAUGAAAAAAGCGCCAUACCAGUUACCUGGUUCACUUCUGCCGACUUCCCCUUGCUCCGCCUGCUCCAAACACUCGUACCGCUGCCUCAAUCUGGCCGUGUCUGAGGCCUUUGAACUCGUUCCUCCUCUCCUACUCGUGUGGAGUUGUCCGAGAAAACAUGGAGAGAAUUCACGUUUCAGUUAGGGCGAAACCACUAUCUCUUGAGGAAGCAAAGACCAGCCCUUGGAGAAUUUCUGGAAAUUCAAUUUUCCUUUCAAACCAGACUGGGACAAAAUUUGACUUUGAUAGAAUAUUUGGGGAGGAAUGCAAGACAGGUGAUAUCUACCAAGCUCGAACAAAGGAGAUUGUUUCAGCUGCUGUUAAAGGAUUUAAUGGAACUGUAUUUGCAUAUGGCCAAACAAGUAGUGGAAAGACGCAUACUAUGCGAGGUUCAAGUUCUGAACCCGGAGUCAUCCCUCUGGCAGUUCAUGAUCUUUUUAAAUUCAUACACGAGGAAACGGAUCGAGAAUUUCUUCUAAGAAUGUCAUAUAUGGAAAUAUAUAAUGAAGAAAUAAAUGAUUUAUUAGCCCCUGAGCAUUGGAGAUUACAGAUCCAUGAAAGUAUUGAGCGCGGGAUAUUUGUUGCUGGCUUGAGGGAAGAGAUUGUUGCUUCUCCAGAACAAGUACUUGAGCUUAUGGAGUUCGGAGAAUCCCAUCGCCGUACAGGAGAAACAAAUAUGAAUUUGCAUAGUAGUAGGUCUCAUACAAUAUUUCGAAUGAUAAUUGAAAGUAGGGACAAAGCUGAACAUGCAAAUUCAUAUAAUUCAUGCGAUGCAGUUCGUGUAUCUGCUCUGAAUUUAGUAGAUCUGGCUGGUUCAGAGCGUGCUGCUAAGACAGGAGCAGAAGGUGUUCGUUUGAAAGAAGGUUCACAUAUCAAUAAAAGUUUGAUGACAUUAGGAACAGUUAUAAAAAAGCUAAGUGAAGGUGCUGAGAGCCAAGGUGGCCAUGUUCCUUACCGAGACAGCAAGCUCACACGUAUUUUGCAACCGGCGUUAGGUGGAAAUGCAAACACUGCUAUCAUUUGCAACAUAACUCUUGCUCAGGUUCAUGCAGAUGAGACUAAAAGUAGUCUUCAAUUUGCAAGCAGGGCAUUACGGGUUACAAACAGUGUUCAUGUGAAUGAGGUAUUGACUGAUGCUGCUUUACUCAAGCGUCAAAAGAAGGAAAUUGAGGAGCUUCGAGCUAAGUUGCAGGAUUCACAUUCAGAACAUCAUGAGGAUGAAGUUCUCAAUUUGCGCAACACUUUAUUGAAGAGUGAAUUAGAAAGAGAGCGGAUUGCAUUAGAGUUAGAGGAAGAAAAAAAAGCUCAAGCAGAAAGGGAGAAACGGCUGCAAGAACAAGCCAAGAAAAUUGAAAACUUGAGUACCAUGGUGCUGUGCUCGAACAGAGAUGAGAGCCAUGAUGUCUACAAGAAGGAGAAAAGGCGUGAUACAUGGUGCCCUGGUAAUCUUUCAUGGAUGAAUGCCAAAGAGUUGUAUCCAGCGGUUAAAGUAGAUCUCUCUGCAGUCAAACCCAUGGGAGCAGAGCAUGAGCGGUGCUCCCUGCUUCCUUUCGAAGAAUUACUGGAUCCUGAUUCUGCCGGUGUCACAUCCCGUAAAGAAAAGGAUUUUCAUAAUAUCCAAUCAGAAGAGUUUAGUGUUCCUGACCAUCGAGCUAUGGUGCAUGUUACUAGCAGGAGAAAGGGCAUCCCUAGGAAGAAAAGCCCGCAAAUUAAAACUGUGAAUGAGACGCAAAUUGAUGGUUUGACAAGAAAGGUUUCUGAUGACGAGGCUCUUCUGACUGACAAAGUUAAUGAUUGUUCAAUGCACUAUAACAAUAACAAGAUUCUCCUGUCGGGGAACAACUAUUUAAGAGAGUCAGAAGCUAUUCUUGUAAUUAAGCAGCUCCAGGAAAAGAUCAGAGUUUUAGAGAAGGAGAGAUCCUCAAGCCAAGAAAGUUUGGACAAUGUAGUUGAGUUAGCAACUGAGCAAACAUUAUCUGCAAGGGUUAAAUAUGAAGAGAUUUAUCAAGAGUUAUUAGAUGCAAAAGAGGAAGCGAAGGAAGCCAGAGAGCAACUUGCUUCAGUGCAAUUUUCUUAUGAGAAGAACUCGGAGAGCCAAUUUCUGGCAGAAGUUCAGGGAAUGAUGACAGAAGUUGAAAGUUCGAGAAACCUUAUUGAUUCUGCCGUUCCAGUUAUAGUGGAUGAUCUUUUUCAAUUAUACUCUAACAUAUCCAGUUUAAUGAAUGAAUUUAAAUCCUCAAUACCUGAAAGUUCUAUGCAAAUAAAAUCAAUCACUAAAAGCCAGGAGAAAUUAUGCUCUUGCUUGAGUGCGAAAAUCAAUGAACUUGAGGAUGAGAAGGUGCUACUGCACAAACAAAAUUUGGACCUUCAAGUUCAGAUAGAACAACUACAAAACGUCAUCCAGGAUUCUGAGGAUGCAUUUGUUGAACACUCAGAACAAUAUGAAGGCGAGAAGAAUGAGCUUCUUUCUUAUAUUGGUAGUCUUCAGCAAGAAAUAUCAAGCUUAUCUUCUUCAUCCCUUAACAGGGAGAAGGAAUCACUUAGAAAAGAUUUGGAGAAAACAAAAGCAAAGUUAAAAGAUACAGAAGCCAAACUUAAGAAUGCCAUUCAAGAGAAAACAAAACUCGAGAGUGAAAAAGCUUGUGCGGAGAGGGAAAUCAAACUCUUGCAUGGACAGAAGGCUGUUUUUGAGCGUGACAUAAACAAACAUGACUCCCUCAUUGGAAGAAGGCGCGAUUCUGCUAUUGAUAGGGGCUCGAAUGCAUUUGAGGCAAAAAGAGCCAAGGGAUCAUCCUCUUUAGCGGAACUGAGUAUGCAGGACGACUUCAAGAAACUUGAAGUCCUUGCGUUUGAGAUGGAGACAACUAUUGCUUCACUGGAAGAGGAACUAGCAAACUCAAAUAAGGAAAAAGAAGAGGCAGAGAGUAGAGCUGAGAGUUUGGCAGCUGACAUACAGACAUUAUCCGAUGAGUUAGAUGUGUCCAAAGCACAGCUAUGUGCUUUGAAGGAAGAGGUUUUGCAUCUUACAUCAAAUUUGGAGGAAUCUAGGUCUCAUCAUCAGGGAUUAAAAAGCACCAUAAAUGCAUUGUCUGGGGAGAAGGAUGACCUUGCAAUGCACCUUGCUGAUGCCCUUUUAAGUAUGGAGGAGGAAAAGGUUAUAUGGUCUGCCAAGGAAAAAGCUUCAGUUGAAGCCAUUGAAGAAAAAACAGACUUGUAUAAUGCUGAGAUUGCCUCUCUAUCCAAAGGAUUGUCUGAGGUGCAACAUGAACUUGAAAUUUACCGAGAAGAGUGCAAGCUCCUGAAGGAAAGUUUGACACUUUCAGAGAGAAGUGCAUCACUUGAAAAAACUUUCUGUAGUGAGAAAUCACUAGAGAUUGAUCAGAUCCGAAAUGAAUUAAGAGUUGUCGAGGAACACAGCAGAAAAACGCAAGAGGCGUUGAAAUCAGAACUGCAAGUUGUCUUGUUGGAACACCGCAGCACAAUAGAAGAAGUAGAGAGACUUAGGAUGGAAUUAAGCAUGCUCAACAAAGAAAGGGAAGGCCUACUAGCCCGAGCCAAAGAGUUGGAUUUGGGAGAUGAUUUUCAGGCAUUGAAAUCACAUCUGGAAGCUGUUUCCAUGGAGCACCACAACACAACUGAAGAGGUAGAGAAACUUAGGAUGGAAUUAAGCAUGCUAAGCAAAGAAAGGGAAAGCCUAUUGGCCCGAGUCAAGGAAUUAAAUCUUGGAGAUGAUUUAAAGAACCCAAAGCAUGAACUGAACCUUCUAAGGGAAAAACUUGCCAGUCUAGAGGACAAGAUACAUAGUGAUCGGGUUGAAAGCAGCCUCGAAAAGGCUAAGCUUAGGAUGAGACUCCAUUGGACCCAAAAGAAGCUGGAUGCAUUCCGAGCGAAACAUAUAGAGGUGGUGAAUGAGAUGGAUUUCAUGAACAAGAAAUUUGAGGAAGCUUCAAAAGAAUUAAAGCAGCGUCUCGCUUUGUGUGGUCAUGAGAUCCUCAGCCUUAAGAAGCAGCUUGCUUCCUGCAGUGAGGGAUGAGGCAUUCAUUAUUUGCAGCCUAGACAGUAUAACUACUAGGAGUAUAUAUGUAUUCUGUAAAGUUAAAAUUAAAGAACGAAGUAGCACCAUAAUACAGAAACUGCUCAAUUAUCAUCUUGUAUUUCAAAAUCAAGUGGUUUUUGACUUUUAUAUUUUCAGGAAUUUUGUAUGGUCAGUUCCGGACUUCCAG